UCAGAGUUAGUGGCGGCAGUGCAGUGGCAGUCUGUGAACAUGGAUGACAAGGAGAGACGCUGAUGUAUUGUGGAUUUAACAGCUUUUGAAAGGAAUUCACACAGCCCUAACGCCAUUAAACACAUCGGACUUGGGUUAUUUGCAUGCUUUCAACCUUAAUUCAUUCGGGGCUAAAAUUAGGGACACUGGAGGUAAAUGUGAGGGAUAUUUGCAACUGGUGAGAGACUCCCUCCUCUGGGCUCCCCCCAUCCCAGCCCUCUCCUAUACCAGUCUUCAGAGCUCCAUUCCCAACAGCCAACAUGUUUUCCUCCAACUUUCUGAGUGGGGGGAAUCCUCUAAGUGCAAUGUCCUCUGCUGUAAACAAGUUAAGUCUUUUUGGGGAUGAGGAGGAAAAACAACAACAACAGCAGCCUCCAGGAUCCUCAAAGCAGAAAGAUCCUCAACAGCAGGGGAAUGGCCAACCAGCCUCACAGGGGCCUCAGAGACAAAGUGGACAGCAGGCACAGGGUGUGGGAAGGGGAGGCCAAGGAGCUGGACGGGGUGGAUCUCAGCCACAUGGAGUUGGACGGGGAAGUCCUGUACAGCAAGGCGCUGGGAGAGGAGGUCCUUCACAACAGGGAGCGGGCAGGGGAGGAUUGCAACAAGGAGCAGGUGGGGGUGGAUCUCCUAAGCAGGGUGUUGGGAAGGGUGGACCUCAACAACAAGGCCCAAGUGGACCUGGGUCUCAUCCAGGAGGCGCAGCUGGCUCAAGGCCUCCUUCAUCAGAGCCUCAGGUGAAAGGUGGACCUGGAACCGCGGUGAAAUCCCUCUGUCCAGUCUGUAAAAAUACAGAACUCAAUCUUAAGUCCAAGGAUUCGCCCAACCAUAACACCUGCACACAGUGUAAAUCAGUGGUAUGCAACAUGUGUGGGUUCAGUCCUCCAGAUGCAACAGCUAAGGAGUGGCUUUGCCUGAAUUGCCAGAUGCAGAGAGCUCUGGGUGGGGCAGAGAACAGCAGACCUCCUAUGCUAAAAGCCCAGCCACAGCCCAAUGACUCAGUACCAUCACAGAACCCCACAAAGAAAGAUACUCCUCACAGUAAGCAGAUGCCCCCAUCUGCCAGCCAGUCAACCAAACCAACAGAGGGUCAGAAACCAUCAAGCCAGUCCAGCACAAGUGCAGCUCAUCCGUCGCAGCAAACAUCACAACCAAAACCUCCUCCACAACAGACGACAAAAGGUGCUCCUCCUGCCAAAACUGAAACACCAUCCAAGAUUGAGCCCGCUAAAAAAGAAGAAGAGUCCAGUUUCUUUGGUUUUGGCUUUGGUGGUGCUCGAUCCCGCUCUCCUUCUCCACAACCCGGUGCCUCUUCUGUCUCUGGGAAGGUUCUAGGCUUUGGUUCUUCGUUUCUUAGCUCAGCAUCUAAUUUGAUUUCAGCUGCCCAGGAUGAGCCUUCCGCAACCCCACCAACCUCUCGAAAGGGUUCCACAAUUUCCCAAACCUCUGCCAAGACUUCCACACCCCCUUCCUCAAGAAAAGGCUCAGAGGCCACUAAGGGCUCCACCAGUGUUCCUAAAUCACAAACACCGGAGGGAAAAAUGCAGCAGCAACAAAGUAAACCCCAAGACACUCAAAAAACAACAGCAACAAAAGAAUCCUCAUCUGCUCAGGCAACUAAAUUAGAACAAAGCCCAAAACUUCUUCCCAAAGCCUGUCCACUCUGCAAGGCAAACUUGAGAAGAGAUCCUCCUAACUACAGUACCUGCACUGAAUGCAAGACCACCGUGUGUAAUCAGUGCGGAUUUAAUCCUGUGCCUCAUCAAACAGAGGCAAAAGAGUGGCUUUGCUUAAACUGCCAGACACAGAGAGCGCUGAAAGGAAUAGAGCCUCCGGGACAACCCACUGUAAAAUCCCAAACACAGUCCAGCAAAUCUCAAAAGAUGGAAUCUACACAUGGUCCUUUAGAGAAACAGCCCACGGCUCAGCCAACAAAGACUAGUCCUGCCAACCAACCUGCUUCUCAGAAAAAGGAAAUGCAUGAACAACAGACUAGUGCAGCAGGAGCAAAGCAAGCUCCCUCUGCUAAGCCUUUACAGCAACCAACAGCAAAAAAUGCCCCCUCUCCUCCUGUGUCUAAAGCAGCACCACAGGCUGAGAUUGGACAAGAACAGUCAGGACUUUUUGGCUUUUCAGGCUUUGGUGGAGCCCGGUCACGAUCACCAUCCCCUCAGCCUGCUGUUUCAGCCGUGUCUGGUAAGGUCUUAGGAUUUGGGUCUUCCUUCCUGAGCUCAGCAUCUAAUCUGAUUUCAUCAGCGGUUCAAGAUGAAACUUCUACGACACCACCACAUAACCCUCAAGCACCUUCAGUCUCUCAAACUUCCCUCAAGACUUCUGCUCCAUCUACAUCUCACAAAGGGUCUGCAUCAUCGCAAGGGGCUAUAUUAUCAGCAUCUACAGGAAAGGCUAUUCUAUCUGACGGUCAAAAAGAAGAGAAAAAGACAGAGUUAAUCGAUGACCAAAAGAACAAAGCACCAAUAUCUCAAAUUAAAAAAGCCGAACCUUCUUCACAGAUGCCAAAAGCAAACAAAAUCUCUCCAAUCUUGCCCAAAUCCUGUCCACUCUGUAAGGUUGAAAUCAAAAAGGACCUUGCCAACUACAACACUUGUACUGAGUGCAAAAACACUGUGUGCAAUCUCUGUGGAUUCAACCCAACACCACAUCAAACAGAGUUGAAAGAAUGGCUUUGUCUGAACUGUCAGACUCAAAGAGCUCUAAGAGGAAUGGAGCCACCAGGACCUCCAAAGCCGGACACCGCAGCACAACCUACCAAAAUCCCAACCACUCAACCAAUGGCUUCACCCUCAAUUCAAAAGAAAGGCGUUUCUGAAUUAGGCAAGACAAUUGAACCUUCUCAAAAAUUACCAGAACAACAAAACAAGGCUCCAAAUGGUACUCUGCCAAUCCAAAAAGCCCAGCAGCAAGAACAUGAAGCCAAAUCUGUAGUUCCUGCCAAGGCAGCCAAGACAGCCAAGGAAGACACUGGAUUUUUGGGUUUUGGUGGUGCUAGGUCAAGAUCUCCAUCUCCUCAGCCUGCUAUGUCUGCUGUAUCUGGGAAGGUUCUUGGCUUUGGUUCAUCCUUUCUCAGCUCAGCAUCUAAUUUAAUAUCUUCAGCUGUGCAAGAUGAGACAUCUUCAACACCACCAACCUCCCGCAAAGCUUCCACAGUUUCCCAGAGCUCAACACCACCCAUGUCUCGGAAGAGCUCUGCUGUUCCACAGACCACAAACACAGGGGACACUAAACAAUCUACUGUGCAAAAACAAGAAAUAAAGAUUUCUGAGUCACCUCAGCUAUCCAGUAAAUCUUCUGUGAAAGCAAAAACAGACCAAACAUUGUCUGCAAAAGUUGACAAAACUUCCCAGCCUCUUCCAAAAAUCUGUCCACUCUGCAAGGCAGAUAUUACCAAUGAUCCUCCUAAUUUUAGCACCUGCACUGAUUGCAAAAACAUUGUGUGUAACCGUUGUGGAUUUAACCCCAUGCCUCACCAAAAAGAGGUGAAGGAAUGGCUCUGUUUGAACUGCCAGAUAAAGAGAGCAUCUGAACCUUCAAGUCUAAAUCCCCAGGUACAAACUAAUGCUGGAUCACAACAACAUGAAACAGUUCCACAUCAGCCUCCUUCAGGAGCCAGUAGAACUGAGGACCAGUCAAAAACAGCACUUCAAAAACUCACCACUACGUCUACAUUACAAAAUGUCCCAAAGGAAAAACCUGCACAGAAAGAAACUAUAAAACCUCAACAGCCAAAAGAUAGUAGUGCCCCAGCCAAAUCCGAAACCACAAAACAAUCUGAUUCCUCCAAAGAAGAUACAGGUUUCUUUGGCUUUGGUUUUGGUGGUACUCGAUCUCGAUCACCUUCGCCUCAACCUGUUGUCUCAGAGAAGGUUCUAGGGUUUGGUUCCUCAUUCCUCAGCUCAGCAUCUAAUCUCAUAUCUUCAGUAGUUCAAGAUGAGUCCUCCACAACACCGCCACCACCUCGUAAAGGUUCCACAGUUUCCCAGACCUCGUUGAAGUCUACAACGCCGCCUGCCUCUCGUAAGGGUUCAGCAGUUUCACAGACAUCUCUCAAAACCACAUCUGCUGUGGCAGCCGCAGCCACAUCCCGCAAGGGAUCUACAGUAUCCCAAGAUUCAACAAAAAUGCAUGAUGUGGAAAAUAAGCCUCUCUCUCAAAAGCAGUUGGCAGACAAGAAGUCCAUGCAAUCUCAACCUUUCAAAGCACCAUCUACACCCCCAUCAAAGCCUCAAGCAGCUGAUACGUCCUCUCAUUCUCUGCCUAAAGAAUGUCCACUUUGCAAAGUCGAUCUCAAGAAAGAUCCUCCAAACUUCAACACCUGCACUGAAUGCAAGAGCGUUGUAUGUAACCUCUGUGGAUUUAAUCCCAUGCCUCAUCAAACCAAGGCAAAGGAGUGGCUUUGCUUAACCUGUCAGGUGCAGCGAGCAUCAAUGCCUUCCCAUGCAGAGCCUCAAGAUCAAGAUAAGAAAGCAUGCCCAGUGCCAAAAAAGAAGGAGCAAGAUGUUCCAGGAUCUGUGCAGAAGAAACAAAAUGUGGAGGAAGGCACCAGAACUGGUCAGAAAACAGCUGUAGAAGGGGGAAAGGUGCCCACUGAUGUGACACCACAAGAGCUCAGUCAACCGAUGACAUCUCAGCAGGUGAAAUCAGACAAACCUCAUCAAGAGGAAUCUGGAUUUUUUGGUUUUGGCUUUGGUGGAGCUCGAUCCAGGUCUCCUUCACCUCAGCCUGCUGUUUCUGCGUCUGGGAAAGUUUUAGGGUUUGGUUCCUCCUUUCUUAGCACAGCCUCUAAUCUGAUAUCAUCAGCUGUUCAGGAUGAACCUUCCACGACACCUCCUACCUCCCGUAAAGGUUCAUCAGUUUCAGAAACAACACCUCCUCCUGGCUCACGUAAAGGCUCUACAGUAUCUCAGUCAUUGUUCAACAACAACACAACAUCUCCUAGCUCACGAAAAGGUUCUGAAACUACACAAGGUUCCCAGAAAGCUCAACUUAGUAAAGAUACUAAACCAUCAAUUGGACUGAAACAUGAGGAGAAGACAUCAUCACCUCAGGAGCCAUCAGAUAAAGCAAAAGAGGAUAAAUUAGAGACACUUAUAUCCAAGCCUCUUCCCAAGGUCUGCCCACUUUGCAAGGUGGAGCUCAAGAAAGAUCAGUACAACAGCUGCACUGAAUGCAAAAAUAUUGUAUGUAACUUGUGUGGGUUCAACCCUAUGCCCCAUGAAAAUCAGAUGAAGUGGCUUUGUUUGGCGUGUCAGAUGAAGAAAGCACCAGAACUUCAUCCUGCGCAGAUUCAGUCACACGCUAAGGAUGUUGCACCCCUUAAAACAGAUACUCCCACUCUAGAUGCUUCACAGAAGAAGCCACAUCUUCCAGCAGAUGCAGUUCAAAAGGAUAAGAAACCAGAAGUGGCAGAGAAACAAGACAAUAAGCAAACAAUAGCAGAAACUGAACAACCCACCCAAAAAGAAAUGAAACAACAACAUAUUGCAGAAGUUCCAAAGUCAGAAUCUCAAAAAACUGUUCCGCAACCAGACAAAGCUGGAUUCUUUGGGUUUGGUUUUGGAGGAGCUAGAUCUCGAUCACCUUCUCCUCAGCCUGCUGUCUCUGCUGUCUCCGAGAAGGUUCUAGGGUUCGGUUCUUCAUUCUUAAGCUCAGCAUCAAAUCUAAUCUCAACGGCUGUUCAAGAUGAGUCCUCUACAACACCGUCUAGUUCUCGCAAGGCUUCAACAGCUUCUCAAAUGUCUGAUAAGACACCACCAACCUCUCGCAAAGGUUCUGCAGUGUCACAAAUCUCCAGUAAAAUGAAUACCACUCCACCUUCCUCUCGUAAGGGUUCUACAGUUUCACAGAGGUCUGUUAAAACAACUCCUGCAAUCUUACAGAAAGAGUCUGAACCUGCAGUAAACUCUAAAAGCAUUACAAAUACAGAUGGGGCAAAAACUAAAGUUGCAGAAAAAGGUGAACUUACCACUAAAGGAGCUACCCCACAGCAGCAAGAACAAGGGAAUUCCAAAGGUGGACAUGUUCCUGUCUCCCCUGAAAUCCCUGAAGAGUCUAGAGGUAGAUCUGAGUCUCCUUUACUUCCACCUGCAGCAUCUGCUGUCUCUGGGAAGGUUUUGGGAUUUGGUUCGUCCCUUUUUAGUUCAGCAAGUAAUCUGAUCUCAUCAGCUCUUGAUGAGACUUCUACAACACCACCCUCUUCUCGCAAAGGAUCCACAUCUUCCCAACUAUCUGCUAAGACUACAACCCCACCAUCUUCUCGCAAAGGUUCAUCAGUUUCUCAGACUUCAGAUAAAAUCACCACUCCACCUUCCUCACAAAAGGGUUCUGGAGUUUCUCAGACACCUCUUAAGACAAGCACACCUCCUGUAUCCUCAAAAGGAUCUGAAGUCUCUCCUAAAAUGCUUCUUUCAGAUGACAAAAAAGAACAUCCUGAAAAUAUACAAGAACAGCUAAAAAAAGAUGACAAGAAAUCCACGGUCAGUCAGGCACAGCCAACAAUUACAUCAGUUGCAAAAGAUAGAGAUCUACCAGAAACAACAAGGACAGAGCCCACUAAAUCAUUUCCCAAAGCCUGCCCUCUCUGUAAAGUCGAUUUGCAGAAGGAGCCUCCCAAUUACAAUUCCUGUACUGAGUGUAAAAACACUGUCUGUAAUCUAUGUGGCUUCAACCCCAUGCCCCAUGAAACAGAGAAAAAGGAGUGGCUAUGUCUGACUUGCCAGAUGCAAAGAGCUCAAGCUGAGACUGACAAAGUACCUCCACCAGUAUCACCACUAAAGAAAGCAAAACUAGAUCCUGCUUCUCCCCAGAAGAAGCCACUUGUUUCCACAGGUGCUACUGAAAAUGAAAAGACAGCAUUAUCUGCAGGUGCAACACCAGGGUCUAUGAAGGCUAGUGCAAAUCAACCAACACAGAAUCCAUCCCAGCAGCAGGAAAUCAAAAAUCCAUUACAGCCAACACAAAAGGAUGAUACAAUAACCACAAAAUCUACUGCCUCACCAAAGGCUGCAUCCACAAAAGAAGAGAGUAGCUUGUUUGGUUUUGGUCGCUCUAGAUCACCGUCUCCACAACCUGCUGCUUCCAGUGUUUCUGGGAAGGUCUUUGGAUUUGGUUCUUCCCUGUUGAGUUCAGCUUCAAAUCUUAUCUCCACCACUGUACAAGAUGAAUCCUCCACCACACUCCUUGCAAGUCAGCAGCAGGUUUCAUCAGCUUCACAUACUCCUGUGAUGACUACAUUAACACCAGCUACUUCUCAGAAGGGAUCAGCAGAUGUAUCACCAAAACAGGGAGCUAAAUCUGUUGAAAGUCAGCAGAAAGACAAGAAACCUGAGGAGAAAAGGACAGAAGUUCAGGGAAAAGCUGUAAAAGAUGACCAUACAUCCGAGCCUCCAAAGGCUUGCCCACUUUGUAAGGCAGAAAUAAUGAGGAAUCCAUCAAAUUAUAGCACGUGUACUACUUGCAAGAGCACCGUGUGCAAUCUCUGUGGAUUCAACCCAAUGCCACAUCAAACUGAGAUGAAGGAAUGGCUGUGUUUGAACUGUCAGAUGCAAAGAGCUCCCGAACCUACAGUUGUGAAACCAGGAACCCAGACUACUAAAUUACCUCCACCUGCAUCACCAAAGAAACAAGACACUGGGGGUGUCGUAGCAGAAGAUCAGAAACUUAAUGCUUCUGCAAAACAGGAAGACAAAUCCAAUCUUGCAGAUUCCAAACAAACUACAUCAGAGGUCCAAAUCCAGAAAAAUGUCUUACCUGCCAAAUCUGACCAAACGCCUAAAUCUGAAUCUUCCCAACAGGAUUCAGAUUUUUUCAGCUUUGGUUUUGGUGGUUCUCGUUCAAGGUCACCAUCUCCUCAGCCCACUGUGUCUGUUGUUUCUGGGAAGGUUCUAGGAUUUGGUUCCUCCUUCCUCAGCUCAGCAUCCAAUCUGAUCUCCUCGGCUGUCCAAGAUGAACCUUCUAAAACUCCACCAACUUCUCGCAAAGGGUCUACAGUCUCUCAGACUUCAAAUAAGACAACCCCAACACCUCCCACUUCUCGAAAAGCAUCAGUAGCUACACAAGACACUAAACUAAAUCUUACUGCAGCAAAAUCAAACCCAACCCCUUCACCAACCCAAGAACAGAAACAGCCACCAGAUUCUCAGUCAUCCAAACCUCUACAGGCUCAAGUGAAAGAGGAACAGCUUAAAACUUGCCCACUCUGUAAAGAGACCCUUAAGAAGGACCCACAAAACUAUAGCUCUUGCACUUCUUGCAAAACCAUUGUUUGCAAUCUCUGUGGAUUCAAUCCCAAUCCACAUCAAAUUGAAGCGAAGGAGUGGCUGUGUUUGACCUGCCAAAUGCAGAGAACUUCAGGUCCUUCUCCAGCUCAGCCACAGUCUAACAAAGUACUUCCACCAGUAUCUCCACAAAAGGAAAAGACCCCAGAGAAGAAGCCAAGUGUUACAGCAGAGCAGGAAAAGAAAUCUUCAAAAGAGACCAAAACACCAACAACACAAAAUACUCAAAUAUCUAAAAGCGAUGCUUCCCCUUCAAUCUCUGCUUCACUACCUAGAAAUGAAAAGAUUAAGGAAGAGUCAGGUUUCUUUGGCUUUGGUGGUGCUCGAUCUCGAUCUCCCUCUCCUCAGACUGCUGUCUCUGAUAAGGUUUUUGGUUUUGGAUCCUCCAUCCUUAGCUCAGCAUCUAACCUGAUCUCUUCAGCUGUUCAAGAUGAAUCCUCCACCAAAACUCCACCAACAUCUCGCAAGGAAUCUAUAGCUUCACAGACUUUAAAUAAGAACACACCAACACCACCCUCUUCUCGAAAAGGAUCAGCUGCUUCUCAAGAUGCUAAACAAAAACUACCUGAAGGGGAAUCAAAGCUAGUUGUUACAACGAUGCUAGAAUCAAAGCCAGUGCAGAAAACAGAAGAUCCUAAUCUGGCCAAACUUACACAUGCUCCAGAGGAGCUUCCAAAAAGUUGCCCACUUUGCAAAGAAACUCUGAAGAAGGAACCACAGAACUACAGUUCUUGUAGUUCUUGCCAGAAAAUUGUUUGUAAUCUCUGUGGAUUCAAUCCCAAUCCCCAUCAAACUGAGGUUAAGGAAUGGCUAUGCUUGACCUGCCAGGUACAAAGAACCUCAGGACCUCCCCCUGCUCAACCACAACCACAACCACAAUCCAACAAAGUACCACCAGCAUCUCCAGAAAAGAAAGUGGCUCAAAUUCCACCUUCCCCUGAAAUGAAGCAAAAUACCCUUGCUGAGCAGGACAAGAAACCUCCAGCAGGGACUAAAAAACCUACAAUUACUCCAACUCCAAAUGCUCAAAAGUCUAAAGGUGAAGUUUCUCCUUCCAAACCUGGUCAAUCAUCUAAAGUUCAACAGACUAAGGAAGAGUCUAGUUUCUUUAGCUUUGGUUUUGGUGGUGCUAGAUCCCGGUCACCUUCUCCUCAAUCUGCUGUCUCUGACAAAGUUAUGGGUUUUGGGUCAUCCUUCCUUAGUUCAGCAUCUAAUCUGAUAUCCUCAGCUGUUCAAGAUGAGUCAUCCACUAAAACUCCACCAAGUUCUCGUAAGGGAUCCACUGUGUCCCAAAGCUCUGUUAAGGUGACUCCAACACCAUCUCGAAAAGGUUCAGAAACUUCACAAGCCACACAAAAAAUUAAACCAACAGAAGAAACCAAACAUAUUACUGCACAGAAACAGGAUGAAAAGAAAACAGUGGGGGAUAAACCAGAGGAUGAGAUGACCAAAGAAUCAGCUGCUGAUGUUAAAAUUAACAGACCAGGUCCAGAGCUUCUGAAAGCAUGUCCACUCUGUAAAGUAGACAUAAAAAGGGAUCCACCAAAUUACAACACUUGCACUGAAUGCAAGAAUACAGUGUGCAAUCUUUGUGGAUUUAAUCCCAUGCCACAUCAAACUGAGGUUAAGGAAUGGCUGUGUUUAAACUGCCAAGUGAAGAAAGCUCAAGCUCCCUCUGCCCCACCACAGCCACAGGUUAACAAAGCAUCUCCACCAACAAUACCAGAAAACAAGGAGGCUGUCAUACAUACUCCAGGUCCAGUGUCUCCAAAAAGUAAGCCAGAUGUUAUUGGGAAGAUAAGUACAUCAGUUGCUAAAGAGAAUCAAGAGAACAAACUGACGCAAGCUACAACACAACCAACUGAAAUGCCAAAACAUGAUCAAUCCCCUGCAAAAUCGAUUGAACUAUACAAACAAGAACCUUCUAAAGAGGAAACAAAUUUCUUUAGCUUUGGUUUUGGUGGUACUCGAUCUGGAUCCCCUCAGCCUUCGGUGACUGCUGUCUCAGGGAAGGUUCUGGGAUUUGGAUCCUCCUUUUUGAACUCUGCAUCUAAUCUAAUCUCCUCAGCUGUUCAAGAUGAGUCCUCCACACCACCACCAACGUCUCGUAAGGCUUCCACAGCUUCUGAAACGUCUGCAAAAACCACAACACCACCAACCUCUCGCAAAGCAUCCAUGGUUUCCCAAACUUCAGUUAAGACUACACCAACACCUCCUGGUUCUCGGAAAGGAUCUGUUAUUUCACAAAAAGUUCCACCUACUGGUGACACAAAAUCACCUAUAACAGACAACCCAAAGGAGGACAAAACAGAUGAAAAGCAGGUACAACAGCCUUCAGCAGUACCUGAAGCUUUAGUAGAAGCAAUGGCAGCUGCAACCAGAACAUGUCCUCUUUGCAAAGUGGAUCUUAAUGUGGGUUCAAAAGACGCCCCUAACUACAAUACCUGCACAGAGUGCAAGACCAUUGUUUGUAACUUCUGUGGAUUCAACCCAACACCCCAUGAAACAGAGGUCAAGGAAUGGCUUUGUUUGAACUGCCAAACACAGCGAGCAUUAAACGGAGUAGAACCACAAGGACCUCCAAAAGUAAAAACCCAUGAACCACCUGAAAAUAUCUCAAUUUCAGCACCGCCUCCAAGAACAGAAAGUAUAACACCAGGGGCACCAUCAUUGGAGGUUCUAAAUGUUGCUGAAACCCAGAAGAAAGAGAUUCAAGCUGUGGCAAUCCCUGAUAAAACUAAGAUUCCUGUUUUAGUGGAUAUCCAAAAGAAAGAAUCAGUCUCAGCAUCACCAAAACCCCCAGAGACUAAUAGAAAGGCAGAACCUGCAUCUUCUCAGAAGAAAGACACAUCAGAUUCAAAGAGAGACAAAGAAACUGACAUACUCUUAAAGGAGUCUGACAAGCCUCCAGAAAAAUCUGCUUCUCCUCCACAGGCAGAGCCGCCAAAACAAGAAUCUAGUUUCUUUGGUUUUGGAUUUAGUGGUCCUAAGGCACAACUUGCUUCCUCUAAGCCAUCAGAGUCAACCACAGGGAAACUCUUUGGCUUUGGUGGCUUAACAGAAACAGCUAGAUCUCGAUCACCAUCACCACAGUCUGUUUCUGCUGUGUCUGGGAAAGUUCUGGGCUUUGGAUCCUCUAUAUUUAGCUCAGCAUCUAAUUUAAUAAGCUCAGCUGUACAGGAUGAACAGGAUUCAUACUGUACAGGAUUAUUAUGCAAAGUGAACCUCAACAUUGGUUCUAAGGAUGCAAAGAAUUUUAACACAUGCACAGAAUGCAAGACAACGGUGUGCAUCCAGUGUGGAUUUAAUCCAGUGCCUCAUCAAACAGAGGUUGAGGAAUGGCUCUGCCUCAAUUGCCAGGUACAACGGGCACAGGCAGGGAUCAAAAGAUCUGAAAGUCCCACAGUGAAACCUCAGCCAGUUCCCUUAGAGAAAGACAACCAAACUCCAUCCAAAGUUGAAAAGGUAUCUACAGUUCCAGUUCCAGAGUCUCAACCUGAUGAAAAACCUGCUGCAGCUGAAAAGAAUGCUGCCCCUGCUCAAGAAAUAAAGAAAGAGAUCUCAGUUCCAAGCCCUCAACAAAAGGCAAGUACUGAUGCUAAGGCAACUGAUACAAUCAGCUUAAGAAAAGAGCCUCCAAAGCAAAACAAUACUCAACCAGAUCCUGUGAAAACACAACAAAUGCCAUCCAAAGAUGCAGCCAUUCCUGUAAAAUCUGUGCCACUUGCCGAAAUUGGACCCCCAAAACAAGAAUCCAGUUUCUUUGGUUUUGGAUUAGGUGGUCCUAAAGCACAGCAGCCCCCUUCUAAACCAUCUGAGUCAACUGCAGGAAAGUUCUUUGGUGGAUUUGGUGGACUGACAGAAACGGCUAGAUCUCGGUCACCCUCACCACAGUCAGUUUCUGCUGUCUCAGGGAAAGUUCUGGGCUUUGGAUCAUCAUUAUUUAGCUCAGCAUCUAAUCUGAUCUCCUCAGCUGUUCAAGAUGAGCCAUCCACAACACCUCCAACUUCACGUAAAGGCUCCACAGUUUCUACUGAGUCUGGUAAAUCUCCCACAGUGCCUGCUUCUCGCAAAACCUCAGUGGCCUCAGUCAAGGCUACACCGCCAACAUCUCGCAAAGGAUCCGUUGCAACAGAACCAAGCAAGGUACUUUCUGAAAAAGAGAACAAACCACCUUUGGAAAAGAAACCAGAGCAGCUCAAUGAGGCUAAAGCAUCAAGGAUACCUACUUCAGAAAAGGAUAAACCUGAAACUGGUCAGGAUAAAGUAGUAAAAGAUCCUGAAAGUGCAUCUGAACCAUCCACCUGCCCACUUUGCAAAGUGGAUCUUAACAUGGGCUCGAAGGACCCUCCUAAUUACAACACCUGCACUGAAUGUAAAAGCGUUGUAUGUCAUCUCUGUGGAUUUAACCCCAUGCCUCACCUUGCUGAGGCUGAGUGGUUAUGCUUGAAUUGUCAAACACAGAGAGCUCUAGCUGGGCAGCUCGGAGACAUGGGAAAAAUACCAAUAUCCAGCCCAAAAGAGAAGCCAUCGAAAACACAUCUGUCUGAGAUUGCUGCACCUGCACAGAAACCUCUUUCAAAAUCUGAGCCAAAAUCAUCACAUGGAAAGCAGGCAGAGGAGGAGAAAACCAUCUCUACAAAGGUAGCAGUGACCACUCCAGCAGUCCCUGCACCUCUCUCUGUUGUUCCUACCACAGAUAUGCUGCAGACAGACAUGACAGCUGUGGUGGCACCAAUACCAGCUGCAGAGACUCAGAAAGCUGUUAUUACUGCUGCGGAGGUCACUUUGAAAGAAAAAGUCCCUGAAGAAACACAAGUAGAAACAAAACUGAUGUCUAUGCUUCCAGCAGUGCCAACUGAAGCAGAUGUAGUAAAGGUUAAAGGGGAUACAUACACUCAAUCUGCAAUAGAAGGACAACAGAAAGAUGUUGUGGUACAGAUGGAUAGCAGCCUUCUAGAAUUGUCUAAAGUAGACACCUUAAAAGCAGAUAUUAAAGAACAACAUAGAAAAGACAUCUUGCCGGUAUCAGUAGAAUCAUACAGCUCAGCUGAGGAGGAGCUUAAGGAGAUACAGAGAGUAAGUGAAAUGGCCAUAAAAGAAACUGCUACAAAACUGUUGCCUGUCACAGCACCAGACAAUAUAAAACAAUACCAUGAGGACAGCAGUGAGAGUGAACCCUCCCCUCAGAUACAGAGAAGAAGAGUUAGGCCUGCUUCCUCAAGCAGUGAGGACUACAAACUAGACAGUUCAAAUUCUGGAGAUGAUGAAGAGUUCAUACGAAGGCAGCUUAUGCACAUGGGUGAAGACGAAAACUUGCCUUCUGAUGAGGAAAACCAUAAAGAAGAACAACAAACACAGCAAAAAACCAGAGAAGUCGAAAAACUGGAUGAUUCCAUGAAGCCUAAACAUGCCCUAAAGAAACUUACUGUAGAGCAUGAGGAGAUUACUGAUAUCACUCUGUCUUCUCAUGACCAAGACGAUCAAGUUGCCCAAGUCAUCCCUGUCUCAGAAGCAUUAGAAGAAAUCAGAGUGGAAAUAGAUUUGUCAAAUGACAAUGAGAAGAUCAGUGCUACAAACACCACAGCAGUUGCCAUUAUACAAAAAACUCCUGUUAGACAGACCACUGAAGAGCAUGAGAGUCUAACUGAAGACUUGUCCAAGGGUGAUGGGUCAUCCAGUGUUCAGGUGUCUAGCAUCACACCGGGAACAGCUUCACCUACUUCUGUGUCCUCUUUUGAUGAAGACAGCGAUAGUAGUCCAAGUCAUAAAAAGGCAAGAGAGAGUAAACAGCAAAGAAAGGCAAAACACAGACCUCAUGGUCAGGCCCUUCCGACUAUAGAGGACUCAUCUGAGGAGGAUGAGUUGCGUGAGGAGGGUGAACAGAUGGAGCAGGAAGAUGAAAGAGAUGAUCAUCCACAGUUAAGAAAGGUCACAAAAAAAUUUAAGACAGAAAGAGAUGAUCUGGGCAUGCAAAGGAGAUUGGAUCAUUUGACAAAAACUGAUAAAUUAAGGCAGGCAGCAGGGAUGGAGGAACAGAAGUCCUCCUCCUUCUCUGACUUUUCACCUAGUUUUGAAUCUGAACCAGAGAAUACAGAAUACAUAACACUAUCAUCUGAAACACAUGAUGCUGCUGAGAAGCCAUUAAAGACUGCAGAAGAGGUAUAUGAGGAAAUGAUGCAGAAAGCACAGGAGUACAAGUCAUCAGAGAAAUUCACACCACCUGAUAUUGAACCAUUGUAUGGAGGCAUGUUAAUAGAGGACUAUGCUUAUGAAACUUUAGUUGAAGAACAAGAACAGGCUGCAACAGCUCUUGGUAAAAUCACCUAUGAGCAAGAUCUGAAAAAGAUGCCUGAACAUGAGUCGGUGAGGAUACUUAUGACACCAGAAGAGGCUUAUGAAGAGAUGAUGAAUAAAAGAGGCAAGGUCUUGCAAGAAGUAAAGGAGGCUCAGCAAGCACAUGUAACAAAGAUUGACACAUCACUGCCAUUUGAUGUCAGUGACACUUGUUAUGUGAGUAUUUCUGGAAAUGAUGCACUUUCUACAGAUAAAAAUGCAAAGUCACUGUUGGAAACAGAAGACAACUAUGAGGAGCGAUUAAAGACACAAAAAGAUGUUUUAACACCAGGAACAAGUCCUACUCAAUCAACUCCUGUGUCUCCUGCCUCCCCUCUGACUGUAUCAGAGUCAUCAUAUGAUUCACCUGAGGUGAUACUCAUCCCUUCAAGUGGGGAAGAAGACAACCUAGCUGAACCUAUUGAAUGUAUUUUGGAGCCUUAUAUCACAGAUUCUACAUCUACUCUGGAUGUAUCUGGGAUUAAAGCUUUAUAUCCGAUUCCUGACUUAAAGAUCACACAGUGCUCCUCUGGUGAAGAGGAAGCUGAAGAGGACGACAGUGUCACACAAGAAAAAAUGUCACCUGAGCCAACUGAUAUCUAUCAAAGUGAGGAUGAACCACAAGCUCAAGAAGAAUCAUUUGAAAUCGUUCCAAUUUCUGUAGUAUGUGAAGUUCCAUCAUCAAAACAUGUUGUGGAGACAACAGCAAUAUCACCCCUGUCUCCACCAACAUCUCCAGCAAUCUCAUCCCCAGACUCAAACAUUGAACUCACAACAGCGCCUUCAUCUUCUCCAGUUUCUGGCCACACAUCUGAAUUAACUACUCCAGCUAGCCCCUGUGUUGUUGAAGUUUCUGCCCCAGUUGUAAUUCACAUUCCAGACUUGGUGUCUGAGCAAGCCACUACACACCCAUCAGCAUCUGCUCCUGUUGUAUCAUCCACACAGAUUAUUAAAUCCCCUUCACCAGUCAUUGAAGCCUCACCACAAGUCUCAAACUUUUAUGUCACUCCAACUCCUUCUGAAAUUCUUAUUUCAAAGCCAGCACCAGGUCUAAAACCAUCACCGGCACCAAAGCCAUUAGUUAUAUCAAAACAUACACAGGAAACAGUCCCAAUUUCCGAAAAUGUUUCAUCCUGUACACUGGAUUCAGUUCUUCAAGAUUUAGCUCAAAGACCUUUGGCUGGUGCAAUACCACUUUCAGAUUCUGAACCAGCCACUACAGACAAACAAGCUGUUGCACCAAUAAUUCCUCCAAAAGUUGACCAUGUAAAAACUCCUCCUACUACAGUUGCUACACCUAUUAUUCAGUCUCACAGUGGAACUUUAACACAAACUUCUGUUAUUGUUCAAAUGCCAGAUCUUGUGUCUCCUGCAUUAGACCAUUCAGUUCAAGAACAAACUCAAGUUUCAGUGCCUACCCCACCAUCCAGUGCACUCAGGAAUCAGAUUCCUACAACUACCCCCAACAUUGCACAGAUGCCAUACCUGGUUACAUCUCCAUCUCAAUCAGUAUCUGUGACCUUUCCAGUACCUUCUCUAACCUAUGCCCCCCUUUCAGAUAUAGUUUCUGCAGUGGAUAAAGCACCUAUUUCUGUUCCAACAAUGAUAUCAGCCCCAAUACCAGCAAAGGUCCUCUUUACAGACCAGACCAGCUCACAUGGACAAGUGGUACCACUGUCUGCUCAAUCCAGUAUUCCUGCUUUAGCAAAAGAGAUUCAGCCACCAACCAGUGUUUCUAUUCAAAUUCCUAUUCAGAGGCCAGCAGAAACUGGACCACACAUGACACCCCAAAUCAGCCAAGCAGCCAUUGUUUCACCUCCAGCAAAUCGUGGAGAGCAUACUGCUACAAAGACAGUCUCUUUAGUAACAGUUGUUUCUCCCACUAGUACUAAAACUGUUGCUUCACCCUCCCAACCAGAUCAAUCAAUGCUGACCAAUAUUCAUGAAAGGAUGGUGCAAAUACAGAAAGAAAAUGUACCAGAUGAUGGAAUUUCUCAGCAGUCUGUUUCACAAACCAUUUCUCCUGUAAGACAGACACAGCAAGGUCAAGUUGAAAAUGUGGCAGUUAAAACAACUACUGAGGGUGGGAGAGGGCACCCUGUUAUCGUUAAUGUUUCUCCUUUAACUUAUCAAGCCACGGUAUCGAGUUUCAUUACGGAUACAACAGUUCCACCUUGUGUGACAUUUGCAAAACCCCAUGUUUCUCAAGAAAGAACAGAUAAACCCGUGAUUUCCUUUCCACCACCUCCUCCAGCUUCACCACCAGAAUUGCCAUAUAGCGCAGUACCCAAGGCUGAUUUUAAGCAGCAAAAGUCUAUUCCAACUCCCUCAUCAGUUAUAGUAACUCUACCUGAACCCCCACCAAAUAUGGCCGGCGUAAUUAUAAAACCAGCUGUGACCCCAACACACAAAUCACCACCCCCUGUUCCUCCCAAACCUGUAUGUAUUCCCCCUGGACUGGUAUUUAGUCACAGAUCAAGAGAGAGCGUAAAGCCACCAGUUAGCCCUGAGCCAGUAGUUGUUCAAGCAGUUCGUGCUGCAACACUGCCAAGAACAAGAGAACCUCCAAAUGUUUUGUCACUAAGUUUGACUGCCCCUGUAGAGACCAAGCACAGUGCUUCAUCACCAAAAUCACCUUUGUCACCCAGAUUUGCUAGAACUCUUGAAACAUAUGUGGUGAUAACCUUGCCCUCAGAACCAGGAUCACCUGUUGAGGGCAUUACAACUCAGGCACCGAUGAGAAGAUCAUCACUGCCAACUCCCAGGCAGCAUUUUCCAUCUGAUGCCCCAAGAGUGUUUGCUCCAUCUGCAGUAGAUUCACCUGUGUCAUUAAUUACAGCACAAAUUGUAGCAGCACCACCAAAGCCUACAUUAUCUUUAAAUACAGCAGCGCCCCUUGAGGUGAUGGCACCUGACUUUUCUUCAGUCACAACAGAGACACGUCAUAUUACACUAGCUGCGGAAUCAAGACAAAGUAUUAUGGAACAUUGUGUAAUGGCCCCAGAGCUGCCAGUUGCUCCUGUACAAACAGUUGUUUCAGCACCUCUUGCAGUGGCAUCACCAGGACUAUCACAGACUAUGACCGUUAUCCCUCAUAUCACAAUGGAGAAUACAGUGCAUUCCUCAUCUGCUUUUAUAACACCACAGGUUGUAAUGGCUCCUUCUGCUUUGAUUUCAACAGCACCUGUUGCACCACCACCGAUCAUUGCUAUGGAACCAACAGCAUAUCCAGGAAUGACAUACACCACACCUUCCUUAAUUUAUCCUCUUGCCAUGGCUCCAGCUUCAGUGGUGCAUACAUCAAAAUCAUCAGAGGAGGUACCAGUAGCCUUAGCCUCAGUGUCAGGAGUUUCUACUGAGUCAGUUCCUCACUAUACAGUGAGUGAUGUGCAACAAGAAUUUGAGAUGCAACAAAUGCAAAAAGCAUAUUCUGCUCCAAUAACAAUAACCCAGAUUCCAAUCCCAGCUCAAAAUGAAGACAUUCCUGGUUUGGAUAUGGAAGAAGUACUAAUAGUCUCAGCUCCCGAAGAGGCUUUAACUGAACUGGGUCCAUCACAAGUACCAAUAACACAGUUUCCAGAGCAGCAAAAAGUUUAUGAGCAAAAACAAGAAAUUCCAGUAUUGACCUCUGCAACAACUGUGCCACCAGUACCAGUCACGUUUACCCAAUUUACUAAAUCUAUUGAGAGUCAAGAAAUUUGUGGACAAGAUAAAGUUAUAUCAAGCAUGAGCCAAGUCUACUCUGCAAUCUCAACAACUGAGCAGCGUCCUGAUGCAUUGCCUAAUCUUGUAACCCAAGUCGUCACAACUGAAGUACAAAGAACAACAACUGUGUCUGUUGUCCAGGAGAGGAUUCCUGCUGAUCCCAUACCUGAACCUGUGGGUGCUACAAUCACAAUUCAGCCAGAAGUCCAUCCAAAGCCUAAACAGAAUGGAAGAAUACAAUACCCUAGUGAUGUUAUAGAUCUUACCACAUUUAAAGUCAAUGUUACAAUGACUGACCAAGGAAUGGAUUUGACAGCCCCAGAUUCAAGUAGGUCUUCCAUGUCAAGUGAAUUGAGUGGACGACAGGCCACUGCUGUACAACCCGAAAUUGUUAAUCUUAGUGCUGAAAUAAUCCCUACUACAACAUUAUCUGUCGUAACUGACAGCAUAACAAUUGUUACUUGCACAGCUACAAUUGCCUACAACAACAAUAAAGCUGACAAGCCUCUGGACCUGGGAAAUGCUACUUCAAUGCCUCUUCCACUCACCACAUACAAUCCAUUUGAGCCUCUUGCACAGAUAGUGUACAGACCUGUAAAUUCAAAACCCAAGGCUACAACCAGUGCAGAGAUUCCUAUAAACCUUUCAUACAGAACUGUUGCAAGCACAGCUCCUACUCUUAUGCCUGUUACUAUAGCCCCAGUGAGCUUCACACAUGGCACUGCAGGUAUACCUUUACAUACAGAGUCAACAACAGUUGGACCAGUAGACCUCACCACGUCCAAGCCAGUGAAUACCAUGGUUGCUUUGUCCUCAUCUUCUGGAGUGGUCACAACUGUUUUGGAAGAUGAUGGUACACCAGUUGAUCUAACAUCAGGAAGACAAACUGUUUGUUGUGAUGUAAUUUACAGGCUUCCUUUCACAGGGAGCUGCAGAACACAGACUCCUGUGACCACACAACCAGACAAUCAAAUUGGCUAUCAAAUUGAUAUUGCCACAACACCUGUCAUUGAAGAUCUCAGUACCAUGAAAGCUUCAAUAUCUGACAGUAAUUUCAAAGAGGCUGGGCUCUUUAGUUAUGAAAGGAAGAAUGGAUUCACCUAUCAGAAUGGGGCAUCGGAAGGGGCUAUUGAUUUGACAUCAGCUAAAAUGUCAACAGAAGAAGCCUUAGACUACUCAAAGAAAAGCACUUUGGCAUUUACCGGGAUCACCACUACUCCAUAUUCUCAAGGAACGUCGUUUGGCUUUAAUAGUUUACUAAGAACAACAAAUGGCAUUGUUUACUCAUCAGUUGCUGCACCCGUUCCCUCCACAUAUGCAAUUACUACCCAACCAGGUUCAAUAUUUAGCACAACAUAUAAUAGUCUCACUAAUUCUACGGAUCCACUUUUGGCACUUCAAAAUCAGCCUGCUCCAUAUGGCUUUGUACACACCACAGCUACAGACCAAUCAAUAUUCCCACAGUCUGAUAUAUCAAAGGAUAUUCUACCUUCUGCAUUAGCCAGUCUCCUUCCCUCCCUGACAACCUUCCCUGAGCUCUACUCGGACGCUACUCUUGAGGCAAUAGCAGCCUCACUGGACAUGCUGGUAUCCCCAAAUUUCCCAGAUUCAGAUGACAGCAAGAGCCAGCAGUAUAAGGCUGAACAUGAGUUCUUACAGUUAGAGAAGUUGAAACAGCUGUGUCUAGCUGAAGAACUUGAAUGGGAGAGGCAAGAGAUACAGCGUUACCGUGAACAAGAGCAGAUCAUUGUUCAGAAGGAGCUGGAGGAACUUCAGAACAUGAAGCAACAACUUCUAAUGCAGCAAGAAGAGGAACGCAAAGCCCAUCUGAUUCUUCAGCAAGAAACCUUUGCACAGCAGCAAGUUCAGUUAGAGCAAAUCCAUCGAUUACAGCAGCAACUCCAGCAACAACUACAAGAUCAAAAAAUAUACCCAUAUGGGUUUGGGCCAGGUGAGGGUAUGUCCCCAACCUUGAGCUCUGACAUCAUACUUGACUCAAAAUAUUCCGGGGGAGAUAAUGGACAGUACUGGCCAGUGAAAGAUGACAAUUCAACAUCAUCUGCUGUGUCCACCCAUGACCCCACAACAGGUCAAAACUGGCUAACAACAUCUUCUGGGGCUUAUACACAGUAUAGUUCAAGCCUUCCUGUAUCACUGAGUGCACAGACAAAGGAUCAAAUGCAGUUGUGCACAAACCUGCAAGAUACAGCCAAGCAAGAGCAAAGUGUGGGAUUAAGUGGAAAGAAAUUGAUUGAGAGUGGUGUUCAAACAGAUGAUGAAGAUGGGGUUGAAAAGAUUCCGUCUGGUAGAAGGAGAAGAAGUAGGAGAAGUGUUGAUAGCUGUGUGCAAACUGAUGAUGAAGAUCAGGAUGAAUGGGAUGUCCCCGUUCGGAGCAGACGUAGGUCUCGUUCCAAUAGAUAUGCUGAUGGCGAGAAGGGAAAAAGCUCCAAGGUAUCAAGUAUUGCAAUUCAGACUGUAGCAGAGAUUUCAGUUCAGACAGAGCAUUCAGGGACUAUUAGGAGAUCUCCUGUUCGGGCUCAGGUGGAUACAAAAGUAGAUUUACACAGAGAGUGCCAAACAGAAAGUGAUUCAGAUAUUACUUCAGACAGAGAUAAAAGACGUCUAGGUCCUGCUGAGAUAAGUGUUAGCACACACCUGACAGCUGAUGAUGUUGGAGCAUCGUUAGUUACCAAAUCUCCAAAGGUAUUAUGCUCCCCUGUUUCACCUGUGUCCCCUGGAAAAAGUUCACAGAAGAUGCUUACCGCUGAUUCAUCAAGGCACCUCAGUAGUCCAAGAUCACUAAGGGCCUCACAACGAUCUCUUUCUGACCCCAAGUCACUUAGUCCGACAACUGAGGACAGAAUGAUGUACCAAUACUCAGACACCUACUCGAGCAAAGGUUCUCAGAGCGGCACACCAGUUGGCACUCAGAAGAAAGUAAAACGCACGCUACCUCAUCCACCACCUGAAGAAGAUACCCUCAUUGGACUCUCUGGGUACACCACUGCUUCUGCCAGAAGACGAAUGUGCAGGAACACCACUAUGGCGCGGGCCAAAAUCCUCCAAGACAUAGACAAAGAGCUGGAUUUAGUUGAACGUGAGUCCUCAAAACUCCGUAAGAUACAGGCAGAGCUUGAUGAGGAGGAGAAAGAGAUAGAUGCUAAAUUGAGAUAUCUGGAAAUGGGUAUAAAUCGAAGAAAAGAGGCUUUACUGAAAGAGAGAGAGAAGAGAGAGAGAGCCUACUUACAAGGAGUGGCAGAAGAGCGAGACUACAUGUCAGAUAGUGAGGUCAGCAACAUCAGAGAGGCACGAGGUAAUGGUCAUGGACUAGAACGGCCACGGACUGCCCCACAGUCAGACUUUAACCAGUUCAUUCCACCACAGACUGAGUCUGAGUCCCAGUAUGCACAGCUUACGAGCCCAUACACCCAUUAUCAAUAUGCAUCCCAAACAAGUCAGUAUCCUCAGCAGACAUUGUACCAGCAGCAGUCUCUUUACCAUCAGCAGGUGUCCCCCUACCAAUCCAUCUACUCAUCAGUGCCCUCACUUAAUCAGCAGUCCCAGCAGACUGGCUAUGACCAUUCCUCACUCCUUCUGAUGCAACAGAAACCCCGUCAGACUACUUUGUCUGACUUAGAACCAAAGAUUACGACAAACUAUGAAGUCGUACGCAACCAGCCCCUCCUAAUUGUCCCUACAUCCACAGAGAGUGCCUAUGGAGUUUCCCAUCUCGGUGGUAAAUACAGUAGCCUUGAUCUGAGGAUGGGCCUGGAAGAGAGAGCCAGCAUGGCCAGCAGUCCCAUGUCCAGCAUAUCAGCUGAGUCCUUCUAUGCAGACCUUGAUCACCAUAAUGCCAGGAACUAUGUCUUGAUUGAUGACAUCGGCGAACUCACAAAGAGCUCCACAGGCCUUGGUUCAAGCUUCAGCAUUGCCGAUAAGGAUAUCAGUAAAGCUGACCGACUUCUCCGGACUGCUGAUGUUCGUCGAACUGCAGAUGUGGCAGAUUUUCUUGGUCCACUUCAGGCUGCUUCUCGAUUGCAUUCAUAUGGUAAAGCAGAUGAGGAUUCCAUGGAGGAGCCAUAUGAAUUGAAGAUGUUGAAACAGCAAAUUAAGCAGGAGUUCAGACGCGGUACAGAUAGUCUUGAGCAUCUUACAGGUCUGCCUCACUACCUCCACUCUGAUACUAGUUUUAGGCAUUUCCCCAAAGCUGAGAAAUAUAGCAUCGGGAGACUAACUUUAGAGAAGCAAGCUGCCAAGCAACUUCCUGCCUCAGUUCUUUACCAAAAACAGCUAAAGAAUAAAAAAGCACUAAUUGACCCCAAAAUUACAAAGUUUUCACCUAUCCAAGAGAGCAGGGACCUUGAACUAGAUUACAGCAGCUUUUUGGCCUCUGCCAGCUCAGUUGGUGGACUGUCAGCCAGGGCAAGGCUCUUGCAGGAUGAGAUCACAUUUGGUCUUAGGAAAAACCUAGCAGAGCAACAGAAAUAUUUGGGUUCAGCUCUUGGCGCUAACCUGGCUCAGUCACUCAACUUUGGCCAAUCUCUCAACCUAGGGCCUACUAUUAGAUCUUCCCUUCACGAUGAUGGCACCUACCCCAGUGGCACUCGGUCAAGACCUUCCUCUAGACCUUCCUCUGUAUAUGGACUGGACCUGUCUAUCAAAAGAGACUUGUCAAACUCCUCACUACGCUUGAAAACAGAGGGUGAGGGCAUGGAUUCCCAGUUUGUAUCUAGGGCUAAACCGACAAGUCUGCCAAUUAGUCAGAGCAGGGGUCGAAUUCCCAUUGUUGCACAAAACUCUGAAGAGGAGAGUCCAUUGAGCCCUGUUGGUCAGCCCAUGGGCAUGGCCAGAGCAUCUGCAGGCCCUCUCCCACCCAUAUCAGCAGACUCACGGGACCAGUUUGGCUCCAGUCACUCUCUUCCAGAAGUCCAACAGCACAUGAGAGAGGAGUCCAGGACAAGUGGCUAUGAGCGGGACAUUGUCUUUAUAAAGGAUGACCUUCAGGGGGCCAUGUCAGAUAGCGAAGCUGGAGGUCCUAGCUGGAAUGUGAAAGCAUAUCACCUUCAGCACGAGGAGACUGACUGGUUUGACAAACCCCGCCAGGGACGUAGUGGACCAGAAGCCGGGCUAGAGAGAAGGAUGAAAGGCAGCCAUUACCCUUUCCCACACACUCGCAUCAAACUGCAACGGGACCCAAAGGACCACACCGUCUCAGGGAGUGGGCUGGGAAUUAGAGUCGUGGGUGGAAAAGAGAUUCCAGGGACCAACGGAGAGAUCGGAGCCUACAUCGCCAAGGUUUCGGCAGGAGGAUGUGCUGAGCAUAUGGGAAAAGUUGUGGAAGGAAUGCAGGUUCUGGAGUGGAAUGGAAUCUCUCUGCUGGGAAAGACAUAUGAAGAAGUGCAAAGCAUUGUGGGUCAGCAGUAUGGAGAGGCAGAAAUAUGUGUGCGCCUAGAUCUAAACAUGCUCUCCAACACAGAACACCCUCAACAACUGGAGCUCCAUACUCUGAGAGCUGGUGAGCGUCAGCGUUCUCCAGGUGUAGACCCAAAGCAGCUGGCUGCAGAGCUGCAGAAGGUUUCUCAGCAGCAGGCUCCUGCCUCAGUGCUGUCUGCUCUGGAGAGAGCGGGACACUUGCACUCUGGCACUGGAUCUGCCGCUUCCAGUGGGGUCCCCAGCCCUGGGCAACCGGGGUCCCCUUCUGUCAACAAGAAGCGCCAUAGUAGCAAGUCAGCAGAGGUUCUGAAGCCACAACCGCAUCCAAUCACUGGUGAAAUACAACUUCAAAUCAACUACGACAGAAAUAUGGGCAAUCUGAUUGUUCACGUGCUACAAGCUAGAAACCUGGCUCCCAGAGAAAACAACGGAUACACAGACCCCUUCGUUAAGGUCUAUCUCUUGCCAGGGAGAGGCCAAGUCAUGGUUGUCCAGAACGCAAGUGCUGAGAACAAGAGAAGGAUUAAGUACGUUCAGAAGACUCAGAACCCAGAGUGGAACCAGACCGUCAUUUAUAAAAACAUCCAUCUGGAACAGCUAAAGAAGAAAACUCUGGAGGUUACUGUGUGGGAUUAUGACAGAUAUUCCUCAAAUGAUUUCCUGGGAGAAGUGCUCAUUGAUCUCUCAAACACGGCUCAGCUGGAUAACACGCCUCGCUCACCCCUAAAGGAGCAAAGCGAGAGUAUUCACCAUGGAAGAACCCACCCUCCACAUGGGCCCGGCGGCUCUGGGGGACUCGGAGGUCAGGGCGGCCCUGGCGGUCAGGGAGGUCCUGGAGGACCAGGAGGUUCUGGAGGUCAAGGAGGGCAACCGGGGAACCAGCAGUCCCCUAAAACUUCUGUCAUUAAGAGCCGAAGUCACGGCAUUUUCCCUGACCCCGCUAAAGACACGCAGGUCCCUACAAUAGAAAAGUCCCACAGUAGUCCCGGCAGCUCCAAAUCUUCCUCCGAGGGUCAUUUGCGCUCCCACGGCCCCUCACGGAGCCAGAGCAAAGGCAGCGUCACCCAAGCCCACCUGGAAGAAGCCGGCAACGCCAUCGCUGCAGCUGAGGCUGCGGUGCAACAGGCCCGAUUUCAGCCAAAUAAAACAAACCACAGAAUGAUGGAUGGGGAUGCAUACACUCUGGACAGUGAAGAAAACUUGGGCACUAACGCUGUGGACAGUGCCAUAUUUCAGGUCCCUCAGCUGAAAAACAUUCCCAACGGAACAGAUAAAAGCAGAGGACUCGAAUCAUUGAACCUGUCUGAUUCAGAAGGUAAGAUGAUGGGAGAAAUCAAGGUUGCUCUGAAGAAGGAAAUGAAGACUGAAGGAGAGCAGCUGGUUCUUGAGAUCCUGCAGUGCAGAAACAUCACCUACAAGUUCAAAUCUCCAGACCACCUACCUGACUUGUAUGUAAAGCUUUAUGUGGUGAAUGUGGCAACUCAAAAGAGGAUCAUAAAGAAGAAGACCAGAGUGUGUCGCCAUGACAGAGAGCCAUCAUUCAAUGAGACAUUUCGUUUUAACCUGAAUCCCGUUGGCCACUCUAUUCAGCUGUUCCUGGUGUCAAACGGAGGGAAGUUUAUGAAGAAGACCCUGAUUGGAGAGGCCUACAUCUGGCUGGACAAAGUGGACAUGCGUAAGCGGGCGGUCAGCUGGCACAAGCUAGUGGCCACCACUAGUCAAACGCAGCCGUAAUCUCCCAUCUGUGCCCUCCAAAAAAGAAAAAAAAAAAAAAAAACAGGAAAAAUUGGUUUGUGGGUGUGGAAUGACUGAUUGAUUUAGAAAAGAGAAAAUCAGUUGAAUUAAAUACAGUGACAAAGAGGCCGUUCUCCGAGAUAUUCACCAAGUCUAUUUCCACACCCGGAGGUGUCUGUUUGAGGGAGCCAUUUCUAUAACUACAUUCUACAUCUAAAAUAUCUAAGGCACGAGCCGGUAAUUACUACCAAUUAUGUUAUUUCAGCUGUUAUCACAUGUCCAAAAUCAUAUAUAUUUCUUGCAAAAGGGACAUAGACAUAGCAUAUAGUUCUUGACACAAUCACGUCAUAUAUAAUGACCAUAUCAGAAUGUCAUGCACUGUAUGGAGGUUAUACUGUAAGAAAGACAAUCGUAAAUAUAACGGAUUCCGCUUGUUGAAUGCAACAUCCAACCGUGCACAGUUCCAGAUUCCUCCGUUUCUAAUGUCUCGAGUGUCGUCUUCAAUGUUUAGGGAAUGUUGAAACUUCAGGUUGUGGCUGACAUCAGCUAUUGGACAUGGAUCCAUCAAUCAAGUCGAAAUGAUCUGGUUUUCACAAAGUCUAAUCGCUAAAUGAGGGCGUGACGUCCUUCGAGGUCAAAGGGCAUCUGUUUCCUGUCUAGAAGUAUGAUCGUACGUGUCCACGAUGUGUGUUUGUUUCAUGAACAGCAUCUUGAAGUAAAUGUCAUGUUAGUGGUCAGAUGUUGUCAUCGAUAGUCUCUGUUUCGUGACCAAGUUGUAUGUGGAAUCCAAAUAUGCAAUGACAAAAAAAAAAACGUAAUAAUGAUAAUAAUUAACGUACAUUUGAGUGCUCAAAAGUCCUCUUAUAUAUAAGGGUUCUGGCUCAAUUGGCUCGACUGAAAAAUGAUGUAACGUUUGUUGUUUAUUUUAAUGGUGCAAGGUGUCUGUCCCGCGUCACGUGUCACUGUUUCAUGGUGCACUUUUAAUAUAAUUUUUCUGCUGUAAAGUUAAACUGUUCAUAUCAGUUUAGUUCUUUUUCAUUACGAUCACUGCCUCUUUAAUCUGCACCAUAUCAGCGUACGGCUACACUAGUAUGUGCCAUCGAUGGAUAAAGGCACGUGUUCUUGUCUGUCUAGGAUCUUAACACCAGACGGUAAUUUUCUAACUUUACAGUCACCCGUUUCCGUUAUCAACAUCGGUGGGCAUAUUUCACACAUGGAAACGGAUUGUUUUGUAACCUGGCUAAUAUAAUACACACUUAUGUAUCCAUAUGAUUUAAUCUGCAUCUUGCACAGGUGGUGCACAGAUGUACCUGAAUAUAAGGUUGCUGUCAUAGUGAGAUGAACUAUCGUGUGCCAACCUGAUGUAUCAACCAAAUCCACUGGUUCUGUUUGGGUAAAUCUAUGCAACAUGGAUUAUGUUCUUUGAAUGCAUAAACCUUAACAUGCGACAUCAAGCGAGUGUCUGAAUAUAUGUAUAUCUGUUAAAGAAAAAAAAAGAAAUGAAUUAUAUGAAUAUUGUAUAGUGUUUAUUUUUAUUUAUUUAUUUAUUUUUUACUUCCUCUGUAUGGCACAGUACAUAUUAAUCAUAUGCACUUUACGUUAUUGUUUUCUAAAUUUCAUGGUAUAUAACGACAAUUUAUAUAUAUAUAUAUAUAUAUAUAUAUAUAUAUAUAUAUAUAUAUAUAUAUAUAUAUAUAUAUAUAUAUAUGCUGACCAGAAAAAUUAGAUUUUUUUUUGUAAAGGAAAAAAAAUUAUCUGUAUAGAUGUGAAACAUAAUAAUGCAUAUUUUAUGUUGGUGCAUAAUUAUGAUGGCCAAUUAAAACCUGUAACAAGUGUCAUCGGUUUUAUUUAGAUCAUCACACCUUUAAAAGUGUGAUUUUUCUCCUUCUGUUUUUCCACAUUGAUUUCAUUUCACUAUUAAAUAUCAUCUUUUCAUUCCAAUACUUUUAAAAUCAUGAUGCGUUUGAUGAGUUCUGUUGUCGUAAAAACCGCGUGAAUGUGAUUUUGGUUAUUUUUUUGAUUUUGUAAAUAUAUAGGAUAUUUUCUACAAGAAGAGGUCUGAAUAUUUAUUUGGUCUGACGUUGAGCAUGUGAUUGUGAUCAAGGUCAAACUCUGUCUGUACAUAUUGUAUUUGUCUAACUGUGUAAGAAAGUAAUAUCUGGAUCUGUUUAAAAUCAUGUGUUUGAUCAAUCCAUUCCAACCUGUUUGACGAAAUCAACAACAUCUCUCAGAAUGAAAACGAUACGGUUUAAAAAAAAAAAAACAGCAAAAAAGGAAAAAAGAUGAUGCAAAAUUUCCUGUCAAAUUGAAUGGUUGUCAAAGAGUUUCUAUGUUUUUACAUAGAUGUUGCAUGUUUUGUUAGAUGUUUGUUGAUAUAUUUUGCCUCCGGAUUCAGUUUAAAUAGAGAGAAAAUUAAACACAUCAUCUGAAGUUGUAUGCCGACUGUAAAAAUGCUUGUAAAAUGAGUCUUGUUUUUCACUUCGUGUAAAAAAAAAAGUAGAAAAAAAAUCUAAUGUUAUGGUUUUGUGGUUGUCCACAGGAUGUCAUGAAAUUAUGCAAAUUGUGCAGUAGAGAAAAAAAUAUUAUAUGAAAACUAAGAGAUAAAACUUUCUCCCUGCGUCUAAAUAAUAAAGAAUAGAUUCUAUUUCAAACGUGAAAA